CUGCAAAACUUUACUUUCAUUGAUAGGACAAACAAGACCCAACACAAAAACACAACAACAGCUUGAUAUUAUAGCAAAAUGAAGUUUCUUCGUUCCASGCUCUCCUUGCUGGCGAUGGCUGCUCCAUCGCUGGCCUUUGUUCAACCCUCACUGCCGGUCCAGGUAUGUGGUGAUUUGUUUAUUUUGGCUUGYCGGAUGCUAUUUUUUUGGUGUCCUUGUUUCUCUGACACCCAUUCUCAUGUAUCGAAAAUCCAAAACCUGAAACACAAUGCYAUCGAACGAAUCAACAGCGAUCGGCUUCCAUGGGUGCACUGAACAUGGAAGAAGUCAAAAUCGGUAUUUUUGGAGGAGGUACUGUCGGCGGAGGAAUCGUCGAAAUCAUCGAAUCCAAACGAGAACACUUCCAAAAGAUGACCGGAAAGAACCUCAACGUGAAGUCSAUCUGCGUCCGUGAUCUCGAAAAAMCCCGUGACUUUACCGUUCCCGAGGGAUGCAAAAUCACAACCAACUUUGAUGACAUUUUGGGCGACGACUCUCUCGAUAUCAUUGUCGAAGUCAUGGGAGGCACCACCCUUGCCAACGACGUUGUCUGCAAGGCUCUCGAAAACGGUCAGCACGUUGUGACCGCCAACAAGGCCUUGAUUGCCGAMAAAUUGRCCGACAUCGAAGGCUUGAUCAGCAAGGUCAACGAAGGCCGAGAGGGCGACGCCGUUGAAUUCCGUUACGAAGCUGCCGUCUGCGGUGGUAUUCCAAUCAUCCGAUCCCUCCAAUCCGAUGUUGUCGGAGACGAGAUCGAGAUGCUCAGCGGAAUCAUCAAUGGGUGCACUAAUUUCAUGCUUACCGCCAUGGAUGUCCACGGACAAUCCUAUGAUGAAGCCCUGUCGGAGGCUUCUGAUUUGGGAUACGCCGAAGCCGACCCCACCCUCGAUGUCGGUGGUUUCGACGCCCGAUCCAAACUCAAGAUCCUUAUGCGAUUGGCCUACGGUAUCGAUGUGGACGAGGACGACAUCAGCUGCCGUGGAAUCACGGAACUCACCAAGCUCGACUUCCAGUACGCCAAGAUGAUGGGAGGAACCAUCAAACUGGUCGGAGUUGCCAAGUCCGUGUCCGACGGAAAGGUCGCUGCCUUUGUCUCCCCCGCGUACAUUACCCAGAGCGAUUCCUUGUUUUCCGUCAGCGGAGCCACCAACGCGGUCGAAAUCAUCUCGAAAAAUCUGCAAACGACAACAUUGAUCGGACAGGGUGCGGGCCGUUUCCCCACCGCCAACUCGUGCAUCAACGACAUCGUCGCGCUCGCGAAGGGCGACAAGACGCCCCUCCCCUUCAACCCCACCGCGGACAACGUUCAGUUUGUCAACAACUACGAAUCCAACUUUUUCAUCCGCCUGAAAUACAGAGACGCCCUCGGAAUCACGAGACAGGUGGGAGAGGUCUGCGAGAAGUACGGGGUCUCCAUCCAUUCCAUCCUGCAAAACCCCAUCACCAGCCGCGACGACGCCGCCUUUGCCAUCAUCACCGAGAAGGUCCCSAUCUCGAGCGUGAAAAAAUUCUGCGCCGASAUCGAGGAACUCGACUGGUGCCGUGGCCCCUCCUUUUACAUGCCAGUGCUCCGAGAAGACUGGGAAUCCGAUUUGGUCUAAGAGCCAUCGUAGCACAAUAGCAACAAUAAUGCCAAUAUUGUAUG